AUGGCUGCGGUCGAGGCCUACGUCAGCGCCGCGUACUCUGCUCAGGUGGCCGCGACGACCUCUGCACCACUCUUCCGCGGCCAGCAGAUGCUGAGGUUUGUGAUGAAGCAGCCAGGCCCCAGCUUGGUGCCGGAUGCGGCUGGCAAGUGGGUGCCUGGGGCGCCUGCGGCGCCGACUGCGCACCACGCACUCGCGAGGUUACUUGUGGCGGAAACGGCUCAGCAUUGGGGGUCUGCUUCGGGCGCAAGCCGGCAGAGGCUGAAGCUUGCCAGGAGGAGUCGUGCUUGGCACCCAUGGCAAGCAACCAAACUAGUGCAAGGUUUUCGCUGCAGUUCCUCAUGGAUUCUGCAAUGUCGCCAGAGAUGUUGGGCAACGUUGUCGAUGGAGCGAGGAAGGCCUCAACAGGUUUAG